AUGGGUCGAGACCUGCUCGGACCAUCCGACCGCGACUUCGACCGCAUAGCUAGACACAUAACCCGCUUUGACCCCCGGCCCGGCAUGCCUACAAACACCCGAUCAUACCUCCGCGUCGUCGACUUCCACGCCGACCGCAUACCACACGCGUCUCAAGAUGACAAAAUAUACUUGAUUAGACUCACGUCCAACGGAGAGGUGAAUGACUUCAUCGAAAGGCAACCAAGGGCUAUAAAACAUGACUACAACGAGCUCUGCAAAGCCAUCCUAGCAGAAUACUCAGACUACGGCGCCUCCGGGACCCUCACGGCAGCCAUGGCAGUCAAACAAGCUCACAACGAGCUUGCGGAAUGCUACUACCACAGGUUGCGACAGGCCUUCUUCGGCAACCGAAACUACGAAGGGAUGGAGGAAGACACGAAUUUCAGGGCCCUGUACCUCCAAAACCUCCACCCCAACCUUAGCCAGCUACUGGGCGUGUACGCCUGCCCCCUUACACAGGACAUACGGCAACUGAAGACCCUGGUGGCACGAGCACAAGGCAAACAUCUGCUCAAGACACAGGCGAAGCCGCAAACCCAACCUACAGUGUACAGUGUGGAAAACCACAUGGAACUUGAGGGCGCACCAACGGCCCGAAAACACAAAUGGGGAACCAACCACGGACCCCAAAGGAAUAACCAGACACACGUGGACCCGAAGAACAAAUCCCAGACCAACAGGACAGACCGCGCGCCACAACGGCCCCACCAAGACCGCACCGCUACAACCAUUAAUAAAGACAACCUUUCUAGGGAGGAACAAUCCCUCCUCCGCACGCUCCUGCGCAAAGCCAGAGAGAAGAAGACAGACAACGCCGACGUGUUCGCAGUGUCCGUGUCGGAUGACGCCGAGAAUGCUCCCCACCACAUGGACGACUGCCUCAGCGAACAGGAGCUAAAUGAUGACUACUCAAGCGCACAAACGGUGGACAUCUGCUACGACCAGAGGGAUGUCAUGGUAAUACAGGUAAACUCCAUCACGGACCCACGAGAGGACGGCCCCUCGACAACCAACCGCGAACCACCGUUCCGCCAAUUCAUUGGCGAUCUACAACAAAGAGGUACCUACGGGAAACUCUACCUGCCCGUAACACUCGAAGACCAUUGGGAACACGAGGCGCUCGUGGACACAGCUGCCGAUAUCAGCCUGAUUGGCGAAAACCUCUUCGGUAAGUUACAGUCUAUGGCCAGUAAAUCCCACAGACACCUAAAAACGCAGCCAUGCGACUUAGAAAUACACCCCUAUUCCCAGGUGGAUACGACCAUACGUAAAAUGGCCCUAAUGCGACUGACCGUGGGCCCCAUGACACUGGUCCACCCGGUCUACAUCUCCCCAUUCAACACGCAUCCGCUCCUAUUGGGCCAGGACCUUCUAAAUCGAUUUAAGCCCCUAAUAGACUACCAACAUCUAAAGAUCUGGACACAGGUCCGGGAGCCCUUGCCCAUUCCGCGCCCGUUGGGCGAAAACCACCGCUACUCCGUAAACGCGCCGCCCACGAACGGCCCACAACCCGCCGCAGCACAAACCGAUCAGGGGACGCCCACAACCUGCGCGAACGCCACGCGCACGGCCCCCGACCUCGACAGAACGAGCAAGAUGGGAACCCCUCACCAUCGAGUGCCUUAA